CACGAGCUGGUUUCACCCAAACCUCGGUUAAAAAGAGGAAAAGAGGAGGACAUGCUGGCUCAUCAGGGGCACUGUCCUAUGACUUUCUCACAGACACAAUCCAGGUGACAUGAACGGUGAACACGGUGGAUCUCUGUCAUUGCAGGCCCAGGGACUUCACUCUUCUUCAUCCAAGCCUCAGACCCUCUGGAGAAUGUCUGAGGGAAACGUUACAGUGCUGCCGUUUGGAGCUGGGUCUCUGGAUCUGUCCAGGCAGGAGCCCCGGACACUGACCAGGCUCUACAGCCUGAACGGAGGAUAUCACCUGAGGAUUUUACCAGAUGAAACCGUGAGUGGCGGGAGGCAGGAAAAUGACCCCUAUGACAUCCUCAGGUUGAAGGCUGUGAGUGUAGGAGUGGUGGUCAUCAAGGGUGAGAUGACAGGAAAGUACCUGGCCAUGAACAAAAACGGACGCCUCUACGGAUCACAAGAACUGAAUGAUGAGUGUUACUUCCUGGAGAAGUAUGAAGAAAACCACUACAACACAUAUUGCUCUCAGAAGUACAACUGGUAUGUUGCGCUGAAGAGGAACGGCCAACCAAAAGCAGGACCAGACACCCACCGGGGCCAGAAGGCCAUCUUUUUUCUGCCAAGGCCUGCAGGCAACAUGUAAAGCAAGAUGGCACCAGGAAACAUGGACACGCUCGUUGACGUCUUCAAAAGUACGUUAACAAUGAAAUGUUACACUGGCCAAAGUAUCCUAUUCAAAGGUCACUUAAAAUUAAUACAAAAGGUCAGGAAAGCCCAAGGCAAACAUGUUAUACUGUUUUAACAGUUAGUUCAAGCUCUGUUUUAAUAUUAAUGACCUAAAUGUUUAUUUAUUCCUCUUGUUUGUGCAGGUAAUAUGUGAUCAGGCUAUUCCAGCUCUUGUAAACAAUUCAAACAUGAUUAUCACAGGGAUUAUUAGCAUAUUUCCAGAAUACUUUCUGCCUAUAAGCACAUAUACACCCUCUCACAGCAGACAGAAAGUGCUUGUGGUAUCAGUGCAUGUCAGUUUUGAUAAAUGAGUGUUCACUUUGAACCCUGGUAUGAAAUACCACUGCUGGAAGACAGCAAUGGACCAGUUUUACAAAGAAAUAGUUUUACAAUUGAUCAUGUCUGGCACAAAGGACCAAUAAGGCAGAAAAACUAAAAAUGCAGGCCAUCUGGUUUUUAAAGUCUGUAGUACAUGAAACAGCAGUAAUAUAAUUAUUCCCGUUGCUUAAUGGUACUUCAGUAGGGUGGAUGUUUGCUGACUUCUGAAUGAUUGACAAUCUUACUAGUAACUAAGUUUUAUUAGCUAAAGCCUGUUUGAUGUUAGUUUCUGUGACCACUUCUGUUCUAUGUGGAACAUCAGCAUUUUUAAAUCACAUUUUGCGGAAGCAGGCAAAUCUGCACAAAUAACAUUACCAGUUAAGUCUCUUCACACAAUAUUAGAAAUGUCAGCUGGGGAUGAAACCAACUAAAAUUUAAAUAAUUAGAUUUUGUUUCUAUUUUAUGUUAAAGUUUAUAUGAUAUAAUCUUUCUGCUAAAAUGCUGCUUUUGAAAACAGCAGCACCCUUGCUUAAGAAAGGGUUAGCCAUGAUAGCAGAAAAAUAUUAGUAUGAUCAUAUAAAUUAUAUUAUGUUAUGGUAUUGUUAUCAUAUGUUGUUAUGUAUGUUCCUAGGUCACUGACAGUAUUCAAGGCAAAUGUGAAUCUUGUUACAGUAAUCAGUGAAGUUUUUUGAGGAAAAGGAGGAACCAAAGCAGAUUUAACACCCUAGCGACACCAAAUGCUCAAGUGUGGAUUAUUUGAUUUUGCUUCUAAGGAGUCAGAGAUGGACCAAAUAUUGACCUUUCUGUCCUAGACCACAGAAGUUACAAAAACUUUCUUUCACUAGGCAUCAUGGUCCAACAGGGGUUACUGCAAACUUAUUUCUUUUUCUUUUUGUUGAAACACAUUACUGAUACACUAUACUCAGUUAAAUUACUAUGGUGAAUGUGUAAUUAUAACAUUGUAUUGUUUUUGCUAAAAUUUAAUUCAUUCAACAUUGUAAUGGACCUUUUCAUAAUAAUUUAUACAUAUACAAUGAUGAAGCAAAAAGGUAAUGUGAUCACCUUUUCGCAAAGUAAUACAUAUUGUAUUAAGUGUAUUUAAACGUGUGAAAAAAAAUCUUCAUUAUUAUCCAUGAACAAAUAAAUUGUAUCUUUAAUGUGCUGUACCUAAAAGCUGUGCAUUUAAAUAAAAGUAUAUGACUG